UUAAACUUUCCACAAAAAAAAUCGAAUUUAUAUUCUUAUUUGUUCUGAUUUGCGUAUACAUACAUAUACUGUAAUCGCGACCAAAACUGAUAACGCUAAUGUUGCGCCUAUUAUUGAGUUUUACAUUUUCUAUUGUCAAACGAUUUAUUUUUUAUUCGUAUAUCAAUAAUGAUAUCAUGAAUGAUAAUGUGUACAUUUUGUUUAUCGAACUAUAUAUUGUUUAUGUAUGUACAUAUUCUUAUAUUUAUAUAAAGGUAUGCAUCAUGCGCAUAUGCGUAUACACUUGUUACUUCAUAGGCACACCGCUGCAAGGAACUAAUCAUUUGCUAAAUAGCAGUCGUUUAGUAGGCAAUUGUGUAAUUGAAAAUGUGGUGGAAAUUUACACUUUUUUGCGCUUGGAGCCUUUUACAAAGCGUCUCUUCAGUCCAUUCGUUCCAACCCAGCAAUGAAAGCAAUCACAAGAGCUUGGCUACUCCAUAUUUACUCACUGAAAUUGAUUCAAAAAUUAUUGGUGGUUCGCCUGUUGCUAUAACAAAAGUGCCAUGGCAAGUUUCGAUACGCCUUAAGUCAUACGAAAUAGCUGGUUUUGGUCGUGGACACUUAUGUGGAGGAUCGGUUUUAACAUCGCGCGUUAUUAUUUCAGCGGCGCAUUGUACCGUCAACUCCAACAUAACACCCACGACAUAUCGCUCCGCUAGCGAAUUCACUAUAGUCAUGGGUUCUGUUUACUUGUAUGAGGUCACUGCAUAUACAUUGCAAUACGAUGUAUUGGAGGUAGCGCCAAAUCUUGAUUUCAGUAAAUCUACACUUCAGAAUGAUGUGGCAUUAUUUUUCAUAGAUGGUUCCAUACCCGAAAAUCAUGCAACUGUAAAACCUAUACCCCUCAAUCAAUUAGCUUUGUCAACGGGCGUUAAUUGCACCGUAACUGGCUGGGGAAUAACUGAAAGUGGUAUAGUCUGGGCGGAGCUACUGGGUGCAGUGGUGCCGAUCGUUGCCUCGUCGCAUUGUAAUGCCAGCUAUAAAGGUUCCAUUGAUGAGGGUAUGAUUUGUGCUGGCUACCCGGAAACGGGAGGCAUAGAUGCCUGCCAGGGCGAUUCUGGUGGUCCAUUGGCUUGCAAUGGCACCUUGGGCGGCAUUGUUUCUUGGGGCAAUGGUUGUGCUGAGCGUGGCUACCCCGGCGUCUAUGCGAAUGUCUCCCAUUACUACAACUGGAUAGUGUCGACAAAUUCAACCUUCAAUUACACUCGUUAUGGUGGCGCAAUGGGUUUGAAUUUGGCACCCCAACAACUGCUAUGGGGUAUUUUCUGUGUUUUAAUCAGUUUGCUGUGGUCGUAAGCGGUAGAAAUUAAAAUCAAAAUUCAUUGGAGGCAAUAGAAAAUAUACAUAGUACGUAUUUAUAUAGUAUGUAAAUAUGUGGAGCGAAGAGCAGGAAAAUAUUUAUCGGUAUUUUGUUGAA